GGAUGGUCCUGCCGCCGCCGUCGCCAGCGAGGCCUCCAGGUGAUCCAGACGUCACUACGGUGGGGUGAGGCAGCCAGAAGAAGGGGAACGCCUGCUGGAAUUAUGCCAUCACUAGUGAAGGUGAAAGACAGCAGUAAUGCUCACAUUGGCAAGCAAACUGAAGCGGGAUGACGGGGUUAAGGGCCCACGAGCCUCCAAUCCGGCUUCCGAUUCCACGCGGAGGGUGUCCGUUCGAGAUAAACUGCUUGUCAAAGAAGUUGCUGAGCUUGAAGCUAAUUUGCCUUGUACGUGUAAAGUGAACUUUCCCGACCCGAACAAGCUCCAUUACUUUCAGCUUACCGUCACCCCAGAUGAGGGUUACUACCAAGGUGGAAAAUUUCAGUUUGAAACUGAAGUCCCUGAUGCUUACAACAUGGUGCCUCCAAAAGUAAAAUGUUUGACCCGAAUCUGGCACCCCAACAUCACAGAGACGGGCGAAAUCUGUUUAAGUUUACUGAGAGAACAUUCGAUCGAUGGCACUGGGUGGGCUCCCACAAGAACAUUAAAGGAUGUGGUCUGGGGAUUAAACUCAUUAUUCACUGAUCUUUUGAAUUUUGAUGAUCCUUUGAAUAUUGAGGCUGCAGAACACCACAUGCGUGACAAGGAAGACUUUCGAAAUAAAGUUGAAGAUUACAUUAAGCGUUACGGGAGAUGAUGAAGGGAGGUGGCUGGCCAGACCGUGGUGUUUGUGCUCUGAAGAUGUCUUUAUAACUUCUAAACAGAAGAAACAAAAUAUUCCCCAAUGGAGUGUACUAGUCCCGUGCCCAUGUUGUAUUGAAGAAGAAAAACGUCAUAAUUGUCCAUUGGAUAUGGAGAAAUGAGUAUAAAUACAAUGAGAUGGUGUUUUUGGUUUUAAAAAGUCGUUUGCGUGAAAA